AUGAACUCAACGUUCAUGGUGAUGAGUCCAAUACUGGCAGGUGAGUUGCUCUUCUUCGCAAUCUUCGGACAAACGACUCACGAGCAUUUUCGAGUGGUGAAGAAGAGCCAACAGUCGAGUUUCACAACGGUAUUCUUCAAAUUGGCAUUUGGAAUAUAUAUGCUGGUAUCGGUGGUUGUGCUAAUCAAUCUCCUUAUUGCUAUGAUGAGUGAUACCUACCAGAGGAUACAAGCACAGUCUGACAUCGAGUGGAAGUACGGCUUGAGUAAAUUAUUUAGAAAUAUGCACAGAACAACAACAGCCCCAUCUCCCCUGAACCUCAUCACAACCUGGAUGACCUUUUUAUGGAAACUGUGUAGAAAGCGAACAGCGAAGAAGCAUAGACCAUCACUAAUCCAUCUAAUGAGUCUCCAUCGAUCCAGCAGACUGUCUCCACGCACCAAAGUCGGUGCAAAGUGGUUAUCCAAGAUAAAAAGAACUCAGGUGGGGCACACCGAUCGUGUCGCCAUGUCAGUUGGACACCUGAGUCCCCUAGGAAGUCAAUUAUCCUUCAGUAAUGCAUUGAGAAUCGAUACCGUAGUAGAUUGGGAUGAGUCGUCGAAGAGACUGCCCCCUUCAAGCCCUAAUAACAGCCCAGGGGACAAUAAAUCAGCUCUUCUGCGUUAUCACGAUGUGAUAGCCAAUCCUAUUGACGUUACGGAAAAUCUCUUUUUCGCCAUUUUCGGCCAAAAGGACACGGACGAUUUUACUUUCGCUCGUAAUCUGCAGCCCACCUGGACGAUUUAUCUAUUCAAGGUAUCAUUUUCUCUGUACAUGCUGGUGAGUGUAAUUGUCCUGAUCAACCUGCUAAUUGCAAUGAUGAGCGACACAUACCAGAGCAUCCAGUCACAAAGCGAUAUAGAAUGGAAGUACGGCCUGAGCAAACUUAUCCGAAAAAUGCAAAAAACACGAACUGCACCAUCACCUCUGAAUUUAAUCACAACCUGGGUAACGUACGUGGUGAGGGUCUGCAAGAAGCGAAGAGGCAAAAGAAAGCGAGUGAGCGUGAUGGAGGGUUUUGCCGGAAGUCAGCCAUCGGGAAAACGAGUGUCACGCGACAAAUUGCUCUCGAUUGAGGGUCAAAAGUCAACAGUCGGAUUCUCCAGACUCCAGAGCCCCGUGGGUAGCCAAUUGUCAUUCAAAACAAUGCCGAGUAUUGAUUCCGUCGUCGAUUGGGACAUUGUGAGGAAGAAAUACAGAAUGCGAUUUGGAGAUUUGGUGGAGAAGCCCUCGGGCCUCGACACCACUGGAGCUGGAGAGCUUAUGUAAAAAUAAUGGAAUACGCUUUUU